CCCUGCGCCUGGGACACCGCAACCGUGCCACUGUAUAAAGUACUCGUGUUAGCAUUGUUAGAGGCGCGAUUUGCUUAUAAAAUUGCAAUAAUGACCGAAGUGAGGAAGGACGACGUUGUAAAAAUUCUUCACACUUAUCCGUUUUGUAGAAAAUGCGAUAUGUCCGACGAAAUGAAACAGGAAGCGAUGGAAUUAUGUGUGACUGCAGCAGAAAAAUAUGCAGACAAUUAUGAGAGCGUAUCUCGAAUGAUUAAGGAGACAAUGGAUAAAAAAUUCGGUGCAUCAUGGCACACUGUUGUUGGAGAAGGCUAUGGUUUUGAAAUAACUUAUCAAUUGAAGCACCUUUUAUAUAUGUAUUGUGCCGGCAAUUUGGCAAUAUGCAUUUGGAAAUCUGCAUAGUGCAGUUUCGACACUUAUUAUAAUUUAUUUUAUGUAUUUAUUUAUGUGUAUUUAUGUAUUUAUAUAAUGCAUAUAUAUGUGCUUGAAUGUAUGUAUAAAAGUACUUUCAUAUGAAUGUGUGAAGCAUAUGUAAGAUAAACUGUUACAAAAAAAGAGGAAGAAUGUUUAAUUGUAAUAUAUAUAUCUCAAUGUGGGUCCAACUAUGUGUUUAAGUCAAAUAUUUUAGAUUCAUAAUUAAACAUAUUGGAAAUACAAAACCAAUGAUGAUAAUCUGAUUAAAAUGUAUCAUA